AUGGUGCGCGUGCCCGGAUCUUUGAGUGACUCGGGCUUUCACCGUGAGUCCCUCCAAGAGUAUGCGCAAGCCGAGUUUGGACAAGGGAAUGAAGCGUCUACAGAGAUCGGAUCGGCGUCGACGCCGCUGAAACAUGAUCGAUCCGCGGAUCGGCAGAGCCUAGGGAGGAGCUCUACCGACGGAACAGAGGAAGGCCCGGCAACGGACCUAGAAGAAAAGCCUCAACCUCCUCCCCAGAUCCCCUCGGGGACCCCCGCAGGGCACGAUGCGAAUCGUGGCCUGCCGGACGAAAGUCCACCGGCGCAAGCCGGAACCCAACCACCCAGCGCUAGAUCGACCAAGAAGAAGCCAGCAAGAUCGAAGUCGUCGCGGAAGAAGAUGAAGGCUCCAGACUCCGAUGCUGACGAUCGAGCCGAUCUCACACUAACCGUGGCUGAGGAUCAACUCGCUGUAACGUACUACAAGAAGGAGUUGCACGCUUUCCUGCUUCAGGACGAUGUGAUGAAGCUCCUCCGGCCAAGCUCCUCGGCGAUCUUGCGGGACCGGUGUCACAGCCGACCCCUGGAUCGGACAAGUUGGAUGCCGUUCAGACGCUGCUACGGCUCUUCAAGGAAGUUGGUAUCAUCGCAGGAGUGCUGGAUGCGGAAAGCCUGUUCGAUCUGA